ACCUCUCCAAUCAGCCGGAGUGAGUGACUCCAGAAUCUAUUCGCAGCUGCUCUACUACCCUCCGCAUUUGGAACUGAACAGCUGCUAAAACGUUUGAACAUUUUUUCAGAAUGCGAACAGGGCAUGCUGUCAGACAGGGGCGAACCGGUGCUGUAUCUCAACCAGCAGAAUAAUGGCUGAGGACUAUUGGGAGAGCACACUGGCUUUGGGAUAUUUUUGCUAAGAUUACAAGGGCAUACGGGAUCUCGCGUCCUCGGAGAGCUUGAAUUGUGGCUACCCCUCCGCCCUCUGCGUCUCGGCCCCCGCCCUCCGCGUCUCGCCCCCCACCCUCCGCAUCUCGCCCCCCGCUGCCCCCUCUGAUGGACCGCAUGAGGAAGAUCAAGCGGCAGCUGUCCCUCACCCUGAGGGGGGGCAACAGUGGGGAUAAGACCAGCGAGACCAUCAGCCCUCAGGACACAGCGCACAGUCACAGUGACUCCGAGACCAUGUCAGUGCGGGGCAGUGGCACUGGCAGUUUGCGGGGUUCAGUGCGAGGCAGUGGUGGUGGAGGCUCGUUCAGCAUGCACUCCCUGCUCCAGUCGUACGGCUCCGCCCUGCGCCGACCACGCAGCCUGGGCCGCAGCCUCAGCUCCUAUCUCAACCACACCACACGCCUGGAGAUAGUCCAUGAAGAUGUGAAGAUCGGCUCUGAUGGGGAGAGUGACCAGGUCUCGGCCACCUCUUCUGAUGAAGUACACAGUCCUGUCAGGGUCCGCCUCAGGAACAACUCUGUACGCAAGAUAUCCACCGAGGAUAUAAACAAGCGGUUGUCCUUGCCUGCGGACAUCCGUCUCCCAGAUGGCUACCUAGAGAAGUUCUGUCUGAACAGUCCUCUUUUUGACAAGCCUCUGAGCCGGAGGCUAAGGAGAGUCUCCCUGUCAGAGAUUGGCUUUGGGAAGCUGGAGACCUAUGUGAAGCUGGAUAAGCUAGGAGAGGGAACCUAUGCCACGGUAUACAAAGGGCGCAGCAAGCUGACUGACAACCUGGUGGCUCUGAAAGAGAUCCGAUUGGAGCAUGAGGAGGGGGCUCCCUGCACUGCCAUCAGAGAGGUGUCUCUGCUGAAGGAUCUGAAACAUGCCAACAUAGUGACCCUCCACGACAUCAUCCACACGCAGAAGUCUCUCACGCUGGUCUUUGAGUACCUGGAUAAAGACCUUAAGCAGUAUCUGGAGGAUUGUGGCAACUCUAUCCACAUGCACAAUGUGAAGCUCUUCCUGUUCCAGCUGCUGCGUGGCCUCAACUACUGCCACCGCCGCAAAGUCCUCCACAGAGACCUCAAACCCCAGAACCUGCUCAUCAACGACCGCGGAGAGCUCAAACUGGCUGACUUUGGCCUGGCCCGGGCUAAGUCCAUUCCCACCAAGACCUACUCCAACGAGGUGGUGACGCUAUGGUACCGUCCCCCAGACAUCCUCCUAGGAAGCACUGACUACUCAACGCAGAUAGAUAUGUGGGGAGUGGGUUGUAUCUUCUAUGAGAUGUCUACAGGCCGCCCCCUGUUUCCUGGCUCCACAGUGGAGGAGGAGCUGCACUUCAUCUUUAAACUGCUAGGUACACCCAAUGAGACAUCCUGGCCUGGAAUCACCUCCAACGAGGAAUUCAUCUCGUACAACUACCCCCGGUACAGAGCCGACUCUCUACGGAAUCACACACCAAGACUGGACAAUGAAGGAGUGGAACUGCUGUCCAAACUGCUGCAGUUUGAGGGAAAGAAGCGCAUCUCAGCAGAGGAGGCCAUGAGGCAUCCAUACUUCCACAGUCUGGGAGACCGAGUGAUCACACUGCCUGACACUACAUCAAUAUUUUCACUUCAAGACAUUCAGCUGGAGAAGGAGCCCGGAGGUAGAAGCAGCUCCUUGUCUGAUUCAGUGAACAGCAUAUCUCGACGACAGAGCCUGCUUUUCUGAGUGGAGUGAGAGAAAGACGGACGAACGAGAGGACGGGAAGCUGAGACAUUUCCGUGUGCGAUGAAGGGAUACAUAUUCAUCUUUAUACCUUUUGAAUUGUCAUUGUUGGUCCAUUUAGUGUUGAGAGGUUCACUAGCUGUUUACAUGUAAGACGAGGCUGUUUUUCUUCUUUGUUUGCUCUCAAUAUGCACUCUCUCCUCUAUAUAGAAACGUUUACUGUCAGACACACUUUUACCAUCACGUAUACUGUAAAUGCUGACGGGCAAAGAAAGCCUUACCAUUUUUCCUUGUAUAGCUAACUACUGUGAUCUUUAGUUUACAGGCUGACAUAAUUGCAGUCCUGUAUAAUUAAAUUUAGACAUGUCAGGACAUUCUUUGAAUGCAAUAAUCAUCACCCGUACAUUUUAAUGGAUUUGGACCAAAGUUUUCGACUCACUUAAAUUAUGCACAAUGCUAUUGUAAUACCCCUAGCUAGAACCUUUCAAAUUUGUAUUGUAUAAUACCACAAUGAAGGAAUAAUUUGAAAAAUGACAAGGCUUGAAUAAGUGUUGAUUAGAGUUGUCUUUUAACUGAGGGAGGAAUAAUACGGUGAGGCUGUAGUGUCUCACCUUGGUCUUCCACACUCCCAUUUCCACCACAGCAAGGUAUUUACAGUCUAUCCCUCCCAUUUCCACCACAGCAAGGUAUUUACAGUCUAUCCCUCCCAUUUCCACCACAGCAAGGUAUUACAGUCUAUCCCUCCCAUUUCCACCACAGCAAGGUAUUAGUCUAUCCCUCCCAUUUCCACCACAGCAAGGUAUUACAGUCUAUCCCUCCCAUUUCCACCACAGCAAGGUAUUAGUCUAUCCCUCCCAUUUCCACCACAGCAAGGUAUUACAGUCUAUCCCUCCCAUUUCCACCACAGCAAGGUAUUACAGUCUAUCCCUCCCAUUUCCACCACAGCAAGGUAUUACAGUCUAUCCCUCCCAUUUCCACCACAGCAAGGUAUUACAGUCUAUCCCUCCCAUUUCCACCACAGCAAGGUAUUACAGUCUAUCCCUCCCAUUUCCACCACAGCAAGGUAUUACAGUCUAUCCCUCCCAGCUCCGUAAUCAUUGAAGGGGGAUAUUAGUUUAGUACCAGGUAGAUUAAUCCCAACAGUGGCAUUUGGGGGAAAUCGUCAUGUUGUAUUUAUUUAUUUAUUUUCAUACUGCUGUGCUUGGCUGAUACGGUACAAUGGUUUGAAAGAAAAAUGCAGCACUUCUGUUCUAUUUUCACACCACGUUUUGCAGCUCUCCGAGGAAUCCAUAGCACUUACAGGAAUUCUCCUCAUUCUUGCAGGAAUUCUGGAAUUUGGGGAACCGUUGUACCAAAAACCUGGAGAUGGACUUAUCUUUAUUGAUUAUAUAGACAUGCAUCCAAUACAAAUUGAGCUUCCACAGUGAAACAUCACAACCCUGAUAGGUUUAAUGACUCUUUAGGGCACAGGGUACAGUAUUGUUGGGUGUAAUGUAAUUGUGUUUACACAUCUACCUGUUUGGAGUGAACGAGACAGUCUGCAUAUUGCCCCACUGUGUACAGAGUGAUGUGUGGUCUUCAUUCUGAGGAGAGUGAGAGAGUGCACCAGACACAGUGGCACUACUUUUACAUCGCCUGUAGUUAGCCCACCUAUUAACCAUAGCUGUUGUUCUAAAGCAGUGGUUCCCAACCUUUUAUCGUUUACCUUACCACCAACUGAAAUUUUUCUCUGCCGAAGUACCCCGUGUACAUUUUACCAGUAGGCCUAUGGUCUCAUGAGUCUUCUCAAGUACCCCCUGUGGAUAGGCCAAGUUCCCCUGGUUGGGAACCACUGUUCUAAAGCUCUUCAGUAUGUGGAAUCUGUGAAAACCAAAGUGAACAUGCAUAAAACUGUCAUCUGAAAUUUCUGGCUCGUCAUUUUGAAUGGGGAUAGAUGAUGUGUUUCAAACCUCAAAUAACCAAAGUAUACAUUUUUGGAUUGAGGCGGUAACUUGGAGAGAAAUGCAGUUGGUUAUGAAUUCUCACCAUCUCAACCAUUGGGUUAGUUUGGUGGGUUGGGGUGUGAUCCUAGCAGCGAGAUGUUGUGAACUUAGUAAGUGUGAAUGAGUGAGCGUGUGCUGUCUGGGUGCGUGUGUGUGUGUGAGAGAGUCAGACGGUCAGAGCAGAGGAUAUGUGUCGUGAAGCACGGCAAUGUUAUAUUGUGGAAAAAGAAUAUGGUAUGUUGUAAAUAACCUUAGAUUAUUUUACGGAAAUGAGCAGAGGACUGUGCAAUGAGAUGAGGAUACUCUUCUCAUUGUCAUUUUGAAGAUAAGAAUAUAGUUUUCUUACGAUGAUCAUUGAUUAUAUUGUUAUUGUGUUCUUAUUCUUUUAAUGAGAAAAGGUUUAUUUGUUCAUAGAAUACAUAAUCAGUGUAGAUAUUUGGAUUUUAUGUUUAUAAUUAGUUUUCUCUGAUGGUGAAAGGGGCUCUUCCAUAUACAUUGUCAUAAGAAGCAUGGAUAUGUUGCCAUGGAAGGGCUAAUAGGUUGUGGUCCUGAAGUCGCCUCUUGUCCCAUUUUAUAUUUCGCAAUAACUGUUGUACUCCGCAAUAACAAGUUGUACAGUACGUGAUCCCUGUCCAAAUUUACCAGUGGAUUGAAUACUUUAUAUCUAACACACAAACAAUGAAGUCACAACUUUAAGUAGAACAAAAAAAUACUGGAGACUGUUUUAUUGCCCAUUGUCACUUUUACAUUUGGAUUCAAAUAGUGAGAUUUUGAUAUCACUGUUGACAAAGCGCUUCGUUUUUUUUAUUGAGCCAAGAAACAAGAAACUUCUUGUAGUUUUCAGUAUUGAUAAAACUGUUUGACAUUUCUUUAUAAAGCAAAACAAGUUCAAUUCUAAGGUGUAGUGUAUGUGCCGAGGUUAAGACGGUGUUCUUCAGUUGUCAAGGAGAGUUGAAUUACAGAUUGGACAAUGCAAUGAGACUUGGUUUUGAAGCAACUUUACCAUACAGCCCAGCAUAUCUAAUGGGCAUGUGAUGUGUUGAUGAGGUUGAAAAGGUAUGAACAUGUACUGUAAACUGGUGUGUGUGUAUACAUAUGUAGGUACUGUACUGUAAAACAUACAAUUUGAAAAGGAAUUUAAACAAACACAAGCAAUACAUUUGGCAAAUGUCUGAUGCAGAAGCCUGCCAAACAAGUUGGUGCUCUGAUAGCAUUUAGGAAUGGCAUGUUAUGGGGAGGCUACAGUACACAGCAUUGUGAUAGGAUGUUCUUCCUAUAGUUGGUUGGGAAAACUGGGCCAUAUUCAGUAGGUAUAACACUACAGGAAGUUGCAGAUAUAAAUAGAAUGUAGCCUAUGGAGCAACCAACACAUUAGACUGACAUUUUUCUCUGACACGUUCUUCAUGGCUGCACCUCUGAAUAUGUUUUAGAUCUGUGUGUAUAUUGUAUGAAUAUGUAAAUGCUCAAGAUGUCUUGUGAAGAGAAUGUUUUGGUUGAUAGGCUCCGUCCACUGUGUGUCAAAACUGGAUUUGAAUAUUCAAAAGCUCUUUGGAUUGCGGCAAUAGUUAUUAUUUUUCCCAUCUGAGCAGCGGUUUGGAAAGGACUACAGUGUAAAUUGUCAAGUGAAAUACCACACCAUCAUGAACCUGUGGUUAUAUCGGUGACACACUGAAAUACCACACCAUCAUGAACCUGUGGUUAUAUCGGUGACACACUGAAAUACCACACCAUCAUGAACCUGUGGUUAUUAUAUCGGUGACACACUGAAAUACCACACCAUCAUGAACCUGUGGUUAUUAUAUCGGUGACACACUGAAAUACCACACCAUCAUGAACCUGUGGUUAUUAUAUCGGUGACACACUGAAAUACCACACCAUCAUGAACCUGUGGUUAUUAUAUCGGUGACACACUGAAAUACCACACCAUCAUGAACCUGUGGUUAUUAUAUCGGUGACACACUGAAAUACCACACCAUCAUGAACCUGUGGUUAUUAUAUCGGUGACACACUGAAAUACCACACCAUCAUGAACCUGUGGUUAUUAUAUCGGUGACACACUGAAAUACCACACCAUCAUGAACCUGUGGUUAUUAUAUCGGUGACACACUGAAAUACCACACCAUCAUGAACCUGUGGUUAUUAUAUCGGUGACACACUGAAAUACCACACCAUCAUGAACCUGUGGUUAUUAUAUCGGUGACACACUGAAAUACCACACCGUCAGGAACCUGUGGUUAUUAUAUCGGUGACACUGAAAUACCACACCAUCAUGAACCUGUGGUUAUUAUAUCGGUGACACACUGAAAUACCACACCGUCAUGAACCUGUGGUUAUUAUAUCGGUGACACACUGAAAUACCACACCGUCAUGAACCUGUGGUUAUUAUAUCGGUGACACUGAAAUACCACACCAUCAUGAACCUGUGGUUAUUAUAUCGGUGACACUGAAAUACCACACCGUCAUGAACCUGUGGUUAUUAUAUCGGUGACACUGAAAUACCACACCGUCAUGAACCUGUGGUUAUUAUAUCGGUGACACACUGAAAUACCACACCGUCAUGAACCUGUGGUUAUUAUAUCGGUGACACACUGAAAUACCACACCGUCAUGAACCUGUGGUUAUUAUAUCGGUGACACACUGAAAUACUGCACCGUCAUGAACCUGUGGUUAUUAUAUCGGUGACACUGAAAUACCACACCGUCAUGAACCUGUGGUUAUUAUAUCGGUGACACACUGAAAUACCACACCGUCAUGAACCUGUGGUUAUUAUAUCGGUGACACACUGAAAUACCACACCGUCAUGAACCUGUGGUUAUUAUAUCGGUGACACACUGAAAUACCACAGAUAUAUGGCUGACUGUUGAGAGCACCCUUCUGGGUAGCGAUACACAAUCUUCCAGGACUUGUCAGAUGGACUAGAUACAGCAAAAAACAGAGCUUGGCACAUUUGCUUUAUGGAAGCAAAAUAAUUCACGCAAAUGCUUUAUUUCUUCACAACUACAUACAUUUAGUCAGACAAUAUAAGAAAAUAUUUAGUCACUGGCCAAUGUAAUGUUUGCUCCUGUUUAUCCACUCUUUUGAGUGUCUGAAUCUUUUAAUGUAACUGUACUACAAACACUUAUCCACAAAUAAUGCCAUUCGGAAUAGUAUUUUAUGAAUGUAAUUGUCCUCCUGAGGUUUGAUUUAGCCAAAGUUUCACUUCAAUUAAAUGGGCGUGUAUCAAUGUUCUUCAGCACAUCACGAUUCCAGCUCACCCCAGUGAAUUGGGAGGAUUAAUUAUACUAUAGACAGAUUAUUUUGAUUCAUUUAACACAACCUGAGGAACUUGGUUAUAUGAGCUGUUAGUAUAUUCCCCAUUAAAACAAAACAUUUACAAACCACAAUUUUGAACAGAUGAUUACAGCAUUGGUUGUGUAAUUCUCCUUUUAUAAAAAAAAUAUUUUGGUGAUAUAACGCUAUGUUAUAUUGUCCGCAUCUGUACAUUUCUAAUUUUAUUACCUUUUGACUGGAUUUAUUAAGAUAUUUCAUAGUCUCUACCGGUUGAUAUACUGUUAAUCAACAAAAAAUGUGUACCACACAGCUAUAAAUGCACGCCUCAAUGUGUAUUGUAAAAGAGCUUUGCUUUUGGCUGCCAUCAGCUUUUGCCUCAGUCCAAUACCAAAGUUAUCUGCAAUAUUGCAUGAUAUGAUUCUUCCGAACUUUGCUCAGAAGCUGUCAAAUUGCUCUGUGUGUCUUUAAGUCAGCCAUUUCCUUCCAAGUAACUGCAAACUAUAAAUUGCUUUAUUGAGUCCACAUACAGUGCUGUGAAAGUCUUUGCCCCUUUCUGAUUUUCUCUAUUUUUGACAUUGAAUGUUACCGGAUCUUUUAUCUGGUAACAUUCACAUUUUAUGUUGCUGAGUUAAAGCAGUUCUGCAUGGAAGAGUGGGCCAAAAUUGCCCCACAGCGAUGUGAGAGACUGAUCAACAACUGCAUGAAGCGAUUUGUUGCAGUCAUUGCAGCUUAAGGUGGCACAACCAGUUGUUGACUGUAAGGUGGCAAUUACUUUUUUACACAGAGGCAUUGAGUGUUUCAUAACUUUAUUAAAUAAGUAUAAAAUUGUUAUUUGUGUACACAGGUUUUGGUUGAAGAUCUGAUAACAUUCAAUAUCAAAAAUAUGCAAAAAUGUAAAGAAAUCAGAAAAGGGGCAAAUACUUUUUCACUGCACUGCACUUGUUACAAUUUAAGUAUGGAAAAGUAUCUUGAAUAUAUAAAUGUUGUAAGAUGUUAAUUCUAUGUAUUCAAAAAUAUAUAGCUCA